AUGGGCCAUGAUAUUGAGACUGCCCCGCAGGCGGUGCGGGUCAGCGUCGACGACGGAUCGCUCAAGCCAACAAAGGUCGGAAGAGAAGAGCUGGCAGAUAUUGUGCCGCCUCAUGAGAGCUACGAAGGCCGACACCGCUUCGACCCCCAUGCGACCUGGACUGCUGAGGAAGAGCGCCGUGUUCUCGAUCGCGGAAAUGUAUCAAAUGCGCUCGCAGACAACCUUUUGAAGGAUCUUGGCUUGACCAGCGAUGAUUACAACAACGGCACAACCAUUCAAUUGGUUUGCUUUCUUGCUGCCGAGUUUCCAGUGCAAUUCCUGACCAAGCGAUAUGGCUUCAAAUACAUCCUUCCCAGUAUGAUGUUUGCCUGGGGAACCGCUUCCUGGGCCCAGUCAUGGAUGCACGACCGUACUUCCUUUUAUCUUGGACGCGCCGCUAUUGGACUUUGCGAAGGAGGCUUUAUUCCUGGAGUCAUUUUGUUCGCCACCUACUUUUACAAGUCGAAAGAGCUCUCCAUGCGCCUUGCUGCCUUUUGGUCCACGCUCAACAUCGCCCGUGUCAUUUCUGCCUUGCUUGCAGCUGGUAUCCUGGAGAUGCGUGGAAUCGGAGGAAAACCGGGAUGGUUCUGGCUGUUCCUCCUCGAAGGCAUUUUGACUGUGAUUAUCGCUGUCGUUUCCUUUUUGUACUUGCCAGUGUCGCCCACAUCCACCAAGAAUGUGCUCUGGCCCAAUGGCUGGUAUACCGAGCGAGAAGAGGUCAUCAUGGUCAACCGUAUCCUCAGGGACGACCCGGCGAAAGGACUCACAGCUCUCAAAGAACCCGCCACUUUCAAGGAUGUUCGCGCGGCUUGGUCGGACUCUUCCAUGUGGGGUUUAUACUUUAUCGGUCUGAUUGCAUACAUCCCCGCAUCGCCCGUCCAAGGCUACCUUACCCUCACGCUCAAGCGCCUCGGCUUCAGCACCUUUAACAGCAACAUGCUUACCAUUCCCUCUGCUGCUCUCCAGGUCAUCACCAUGCUGGCGCUAGCAUAUUCCAGCGACUACUUCAACGAACGCACAUUCCACUGUGUGUUUGGCGAGUUUUGGAUCAUGCCGCUCCUCAUUGCUCUCCUGACGCUUCCCGACGGCGGGCGCGAAUGGGGCCGCUUUUCGCUGAUCACGCUCAUCUCGGGUUACCCGUACUUUCACCCCCUGGUCUCAUCGUGGAUUUCCGAAAAUACCUUUGACGUCAAGAAGCGGGCAAUUACCGCGGCAACGUAUAAUGUCAUUGUGCAAAUUGGCUCUCUGAUCAGCUCCCAGAUCUACCGCAAGUACGACGGCCCGUACUACAAGCAGGGAAACUCGGUGCUGGUCUCCAUCUGCGCGCUGAGCCUAGUCACCUUUCUCGUGCAGCGCGUGGUUCUGAUGCGAAUCAACAAGAAGAAGCAGGACACGUGGGAUGCCAUGACCAGCGAAGAAAAGGCCGUGUACCAGGCGGAUGUCGUCGCGCGAGAGCAGGAUGGAAACAAGCGACUUGAUUUUAGGUUCACCGUGUAG